UUCUUUCUGGUGUAGAUGAAGGUGUUAUUGGUGGCUCUUCUCCCUGUUGUAUUGGGCAUUGACUGCAAAUUAAUGCCAUUCGACUGUUCUGACAUCUAUAACUCAGGACAAACAGUCAGUGGGUUUUAUACCAUCUAUCCAGCAGGUGACAUUCCUGUCUGGGUUUACUGUGACAUGAUCUCAGAUGGGAAAAAUGAAGAUAAAGGAGGAUGGACGAUGAUUCAGAGGAGAAUGGACGGCAGUGUGAAUUUCUAUCGGCCGUGGAAUCAGUACAAGAGAGGAUUUGGGAAUGUGGAGAGCGAAUACUGGCUGGGGCUGGAGAACAUGUUCCAGCUGACACGUAACAGGAAGUACAUGCUGAGAGUCGAUCUGGAGGACUUUGAUGGAAGGUGACUCUUUGACCUACCACAACAAUCAGAAGUUCACAACCUUUGACAAAGAUCAAGACCUCCGUGAAGGUAACUGUGCCAAAGUGUGUCUUGGGGCAUUUUGGUACAAUACCUGUUACCAAGCAAACCCCAACGGCGUGUACUUAUGGGGAGAAGAUGCCACCCAUGACGCUAUUGGUGUUGUUUGGUACACCUGGAAAUACAAAGUUUCUGUCAGUGUGAAAUCCAUCAGCAUGAAGAUCAAAAGUGUAUUUUAGAAACAACCAUGUUUCCAGGAGCAAACAUAUGUUUUUAUUACUGACUCAAUAAAUGUUCCAUAAACUCCAGCAUUGUGAAAGCAUGUAUGCCUGUAUGAAGUGUUUAUUUCCACAACAGAAACACUAAAUGAGGCAUUCUGUGGGAUCACAUCUGAACUAACUGACUAUAUGAGUUUGGAGUCAUGGGAGCAGUUGAGUAUUGUACAUGUAGACUGGAAUUAUUAAUCACUAUGACCUUUCAUACAUUCAAGACAUGUAAUGUAGAUGUAGUACAUAUGUGUAUAUGAUCCACUGGCAAACAUUUUGGCCCCAUUCCUAAGAUGCGUUGUCAGUGGUCCGAUCACAAGUGAGGCCAAGAUGCAUUACAGUGUGUACUUGGUAUUAAAGU